UCCAACUGAGUGCGGGGCCGAGGACACUUACCCUGUGCACUCGGGCAGAGGCUGCGGCUCGGGGUCCCGGAGGUCCAGUGGGCAGCUCCCCAGAUGUGGAGACUGGCACUUGGAGAAGGAAGGCAGCUGCCCAAGGGUCCCACAGCAGGCUGGUGGGCAAGCCAGGACUAGAGCCCACACUUGCAGACACACUUCCUGUCCCACAACUGUUGCCCGUCGGCAAAGGUGCACCGAGGGCAACUUACUCACCAGCCAUGAACUACGUGGGGCAGCUGGCAGAGACGGUGUUUGGGACGGUGAAGGAGAUAUACCGGGGCUUGAACCCGGCCACGCUGAGCGGUGGCAUUGAUGUGCUGGUGGUGAAGCAAGUGGACGGCUCCUUCCGAUGUUCACCCUUCCAUGUGCGUUUCGGCAAGCUGGGCGUCCUGCGGUCGCGAGAGAAGGUGGUGGACAUCGAGAUCAACGGGGAGCCUGUGGACUUGCACAUGAAGCUGGGGGACAGUGGGGAGGCCUUCUUUAUCCAGGAGCUGGACAGCGAUGAUGAACAUGUGCCUCCCCGCCUCUGCACAUCACCCAUCCCUUGCGGGGGCCUGUCUGGGCUCCCCUCAGACUCCCAGCUGAGCACAGACAGUGAGACUGAGGCCAUCGUCAUUGAGGGGGUGGCCUCCACGGGGCGGAAGAAGAGGCGUCGCAGAAGAAAACCCAGGCGGAAGGAAGACACGGUGGCAGCCCAUUCCAGUUCCGAGGAGCUGGAGACAGGCGCUGAAAGUGAACUGUCCCUCCUGGAAAAGCCAAGGCAGGAGCCCCCUGGCACCGUCCAGUCUGAAGUGGAGUCCUCACCGCAAGCCAAAGACAUCUACCCCUACUCUGAUGGCGAGUGGUGCCCCCAGGCCAGCCUCUUGCCGGAUGUGCUAACAACAUCCCCUAAGAGCGACUCGGAGCUGGAGCUGCGGACCCCGGAGCCCAGCCCCCUGCGAGCUGAGUCCCACCUACAGUGGGCCUGGGGGCGGCUGCCCAAGGUGGCCAAAGCAGAAUGGCCUGAGUCCUCGAAGGUCGCUGAUGGCAGUGCUGCGGCAGCCCCUCCUCUUCAGGGAGAGCCCAUCACCCCCUCCGCCCCUGUGGCUGGUGUGGACCCUUCGGGACCCCUAAUCCUGCAGACGGGGGCUGGUGCUGACCUUCUUCCUGCUGACACAGAGCCUCCUGCUCUGGUGGGUCCCCCUCUCCCCACCCCUGAGAGAAAGAAAACCAAGACUCAGAGCCGAAGGGAUCCAGGCCUCCCUCCUCCCUCGAAAUCAUGGAGCUGGGCCAGGCUGGAGGCCCCAGUUCCCGCCAGGCAGCCCGAGGGGGUGUCUAGGAGGAAAGGCUCCCUGAAGAGAAGCCAACACCUGGGGCCCAGUGAUAUCUAUCUGGACGACUUACCCUCUCUGGAUUCUGAGAACGCAGCCCUUUACUUCCCCCAGAGUGACUGUGGGCUGGGGCCCAGAAGGUGGAGUGAACCCAACGGCCAGAAGCCCCUGGAGGACCCCAACCCCGAACAGGAAGUAGAACCUACUUUGGACCCAGUGGACAUGAUAGUGCUGUCCCUCUGUGGUGGACUAGCUGACAGCCGGGACAUCUCCUGGGAGAAAUUCAACCAGCACAUCGUCUCCUACCAGGACCUCGUCCAAAACCCUGGCCUCCUUGAGCACCCGAACCUGGUGGUGAAAAUCAAUGAGAAGCAUUAUAACUGGGCUGUAGCUGCCCCCAUGAUCCUCUCCCUGCAAGCCUUCCAGAAAAACUUGCCCAAGAGCACUGUGGACAAACUGGAGAAGGAGAAGAUGCCCCGGAAAGGUGGACGGUGGUGGUUUUCCUGGCGACGCAGGGACUUCCCGGCCGAGGAGCGCAGUGCCCAGGUGGAGAAGAGCACAGCCAGGGAGCAGCAGGGGACGAAGACUGACAUGCUGAGUAGUGAGGAUGACGCCCCAGAGAGCCCUGUGAUCCUCGAGGUCCCCUCCCUGCCACCCUCGCCUCCAGCCUACACUCCUACCUAUAGGAAGUCCCUCCGCCUCUCCUCCAGCCAGAUCCGGCGCCUGAACCUGCGAGAAGGUGCCAAUGACGUGGUCUUCAGUGUGACCACCCAGUACCAGGGCACCUGCCGCUGCAGGGCCACCAUCUAUCUGUGGAAAUGGGACGACAAGGUGGUCAUCUCCGACAUCGACGGGACCAUCACCAAGUCAGACGCUCUGGGCCAUAUUCUGCCCCAGCUGGGGAAGGACUGGACACACCAGGGCAUCACCAGUCUCUACCACAAAAUCCACCUAAACGGGUACAAGUUCCUAUACUGCUCGGCACGGGCCAUCGGCAUGGCAGAACUCACCAAGAGCUACCUCCAGUGGGUGAGCGAGCGGGGCUGCGGCCUCCCCAAGGGACCCCUCCUGCUGUCUCCCAGCAGCCUCUUCUCCGCCCUCCACAGGGAGGUGAUUGAGAAGAAACCAGAGGUGUUCAAAAUUGCCUGUCUGAGUGACAUCCAGCAGCUGUUCCUGCCCCACGGACAGCCCUUCUAUGCAGCCUUUGGGAACAGGCCCAAUGAUGUCACUGCCUACCGGCGGGUGGGCCUACCUGCCUCUCGCAUCUUCACGGUCAACCCCCGGGGAGAGCUCAUCCAGGAGCUCAUGAAGAACCACAAAUCCACGUACGAGCGGCUCGGUGAGGUGGUCGAGCUCCUCUUCCCGCCCGUGGCCCGUGGCCCCAGCACAGACCUGGCCCACCCUGAAUACAGCAACUGCUGCUACUGGCGGGAGCCACUGGCUACUGUGGACUUUGAUGCACUGGCCUGAACCUGCCCCGGCCGCCCCCUCCUCCCUGGCCAGGUGUCCCAGGGAGUGGGUGUCCCAGGGAGUGGGACGCCGGAAGCUGGGGACCACAGAGCCAGUCCACUGAAGGGGAGGAGGGGGCUGAGGGCUGAUUGGCAGCUACAGAGACCCUCCCUCCUCCCUGUCCUGUCUCCUGCCUUUGCCAGCUGGGCUGCAAAAGGUGGGGGCAGCUGCCCCAGGCCUCAGCAUGGCCCUGGCCUGUAGCACUUAAGCGACUGUCACCCGGGCCCUUACAGGAUUCUCCAUGCCCUUGACAUCUCUGUCCCUGCCACCCUGGUAUGUUGUCCCCACUCCUGAUAUGACAGGGAGAAGAGGGCAGCCCCAUGAGGCUUGAGACCCAUAGGCAUGGGAAAGGGCUGGCAGCAGCAGUGGAGAGUGGCUGAGUCCCAUCUGCACAGCAUGGACCACACCCUCUGAAGCCAGAGCCUUCCAUAACCCCGGCCCCUUCCCAUAGCUCUUCAGCCAGACCUCACACUCUCCCUGGUACCUCAGCACACCCCAGGCCGGGAUACUUGGCCAGCAACAGGACUCCGGGGCAGUGCAAGGGCUGAGGGCCUGUGACUCCCACUUGGCCUAGCCUGUACCCAGCUGCUGCCCUUGUUCCUCUGAGCACCUCCCCUAAGGACACAGCCCCAAACCCUGCCCACCCUCCCUAGACUCUGCCGGUCAGUUCAGUGCCCACAGAGCUGCUGGGCACGCUCGUACAGGGAUGAGGGGCCCAGUGGUGCAGCCUUCCCUGCUGUCCUUGGGGAAGAAAAUACCUUCAGAUGGAUGACAAGCUUUAAUCCAGGCC